CGUGCGCGCACCCCUGCCGGCAUGGAGGAGGGCGGCGAUUCCGAGCCCAGCCCGGGCUGCAGCGGUCCGAGGCCGGGCGGCGCUCUCGGUGGCGGUGGCGCCCACCCAUGGGCCCCGGAGGACGCCUGGAUGGGCACGCACCCAAAGUACUUAGAAAUGAUGGAAUUAGAUAUAGGAGAUGCUACCCAAGUGUAUAUAGCAUUCCUGGUGUACCUGGACCUCAUGGAGAGUAAGAGUUGGCACGAAGUGAACUGUGUGGGGCUACCCGACCUCCAGCUCAUCUGCCUCGUCGGCACCGAGAUAGAGGGAGAGGGGCUGCAGACGGUGGUGCCCACGUCCAUCCACGCUUCCCUCAGCCACAACAGGGACACGUGUGUGACAUGGUCCUUGCCACACCCAGGGCAUAACAUCCUCAGGACUGCUGACUCCAAAAUGCAGAGGGAACGAACCCGGAUAGAAGGAGGCCAGAGGCACAGCCACAGCGGAGCACAGCCUGCAGCAGAGACGGAGCCAGGACACGGGACCACCUUCCAGGCCCCUCGCUGCGCAGACUGGCAGGGGCUGUCAUCUAUAUUUAAGAGACAGUCCUCCUGGUUUUUUAACACGCUUUACUGUGUGAAAGUCAGAUAGCAAAUUUCACAGUGUUCAAAGUCCUAGUCCUUAUCAGUUAGGAAGAAAGAGGUUUUCCUUCCCUUUGAAGAUGGCGGAGCCUCUCCAAAACGUCCCCUCCCUUCCGUGGAAGCCAGCCUCCUUCUCUCACUCCACAUCCUACGUACUGCGUGAUGCCCUCACUGGUAGCUCUUAAUGCUAUUGCCCAUUCCACACACAAUUCUAUGGGUAUGGAAACAAUUUAAGAAUUUGCAACCUGACUUUAUUUUUAAUAUUGGCUUUGUUUUCACCCAAAAUGUUCCUCCAAGCCUUAAAACCCCUCAGCCAUGUUAGGUAGCUCUCCCUCCUCCCUAGUCCAUUGAAUGAACGAGCUGCCAUCCAAGGCACAGUACUUCUGUCCCGGGCAUGGGGCAUGGCUUUUACAUACAUUAUGGCAUCUUCCCAGGAGAUAGGUAUUACCCAUCAUCCCAUUCUGCAGGCGAAAAACCUGGUGCACCAAAAGGUGAAGUCACCUGACCAAGCUCCUACAGUAAAACCAGGGCUCUCUGCCCUCACCAUUGUACAUACUGCCUGUACUUCCGUCCAGCCGAUUUUUGUUCAUGGAAGACAGCAUUUAAAAGAGUAGCUGACCCCUCCAGGGGGCCAGUAAAUGAACUCCAGUUCAUCAGCAUUUCGCGUCUGCACUGAUUUUUCUUUCCAGCACUUGUGGGAUUUGGGAGCAUCUCACCCUGAGGUUCUCUCUCCGAGGUACUUCUUCCCUUCCCUAAAUCUCAGCAGCUCUCCAGCGUGGUGAGCUCCUGGUGCUGUUGCCACAGUCUUCCAGCAAAGAGAAGCUUCUUGGCUCCAGCACGGUCUUAACGCUCGGGAGAGCUGUGCCCGAUGGGGCCGAUCUGUCACCGAGGCUAUAUUUAGCACCAUCUGCCAGGAAUAUUUCAAACCGCCUAUUUUCGUACAUGCCGUUUUGUGCAAAUGCAACUGCUCCACCACUGGUUCGUGGGAAACCAAGGGCAGUAAGUGGAUUUUCUGGUUUUUAUUGUUAAGCUGCGAGCUGGCCCUCCAGCCAAGCUUCAAAUGAGAUGGUGGAGAGGAAAGAGGCAGGGUUUUCCCAGGGCGUCGGUCCCAGGGACCCAUGCUUUUAGUGGCUCAAACGU